AGCUACAGGCAAGCAAGGUGUUGAGAGCAUUAGUUAAUGUUGUAUUUAUAUUUGAUAUGCUUCAAUGAAUCCAACAUUGUUCUUUCUUCUCUAUUAAUAACCUUACUCAGCUUCUUUUAUCUCAACCCUCUAUUCCUCCAUCUCUUCCAUACCUCUCUCUCUCUCUCUCCAGUGUCUGUGAUCUACCAUGGAUAUCCAGAACAAGGUCAAUCAUGGACCCAUGGAUGGCGUGGAGAGCAGAGGGGCCAAGGACGGAGGAGGGAGAACCAGUUUCUUGCUUCUAAGACUUAUGGCUUUGCUUCUAACUUUGGCUGCUACUAUAGUUCUUGGGGUUAAUAAGCAGACCAAAGUUGUUCCAAUUCAGCUUUUGGAUUCCUUACCACCUUUAAACAUUCCUGUUGUUGCUAAGUGGCAUUAUCUCUCUUCCUUUGUGUUCUUUGUUGUAUCAAAUGCCAUAGCGUGCACAUAUGCAGCAGUGUCUCUACUCCUUUCUUUCAGCAGAAAGAAAAGGUGGUUGCUCGUUACCUUAAUCCUCGACGUAUUGAUGGUGGCCUUGCUAUUUUCCGGCAACGGAGCAACCGCAGCAAUUGGAGUAUUGGGUUACAAAGGGAAUUCACAUGUGAGAUGGAAUAGAGUGUGCAAUGUGUUUGGGAAAUUCUGCAACCAAGUAGCAGCUGCCGUGGCCCUCUCUUUGCUUGGCUCAAUAGUUUUUAUCUUGCUGGUUAUGCUUGCUGCUCUUCGCCUUCAUAACAAAUCUAAAUGAAAUGAAUUCACUGUCU